CGGGCGACGUCACCGAAUGACUCGAACGUUCUGGUGAGAGUGUAUAAGUACCGGGUUUGUUGCAUAUGUUACUAGCCUCACCAUGUCUGACCCAUACGACGUGAAUUUCUGCUUCCCAGUACGAGAACUCCAAAAUGAUAAAGUGAAAUUGACGCCAUUCAUAGUGAGUAAAUUGCUGCGGAAUUAUCAUACCACGAAACUCUUCAAGCCGUCACUACAUGCAGAAUCCUGGUUCACUGCAAGUCGGGACCAUCCCGAACUGUAUGACUGGGUGCCCUUCGGUCCAUUUGACGCAAAGGAACACUGGGUCAAAACCGUGAUCGAAGAAAGAAUUCAACCAGAUCCCGGCACACUGUUGUUCGCUGUCUUUGAUAAGGUUAAAGCACCACCCGAAUCGUCAGACUUUCCCUUGGCAGGACACAUCGGAUUAUUGAAUACAUCGGUGGAAAACCUGAUGACCGAAGUUGCCUUCGUCUUCACAAUUCCCGCGUACCGGAAGUCGUAUGUGACAUCCAAUUCCAUAGGGUUGUUGCUACACUGGUGUUUAGACCUUCCAGCGGACGGUGGUUUAGGGCUGAGAAGGGUACAGUGGCAAUGUAACGAAUUGAACGUCGCGUCGAGACGGGCGGCAGAGAGGAUGGGAUUCAAGUUCGAGGGCGUGGAGAGAUGGCAAAGAUCGUUGCCGUCAGGAAAGCAAGGGCCAACGGUGACAAGAGAUGAUCCGAAGAAGCAAUAUCCUGGGAGGCAUACUGUGAGGCUAGCUUUAUGCUGGGAUGGUUGGGAUGAGGCUAGAGAGCUUGUCAGGAAGCAGAUGAACCGCAUCUAAUCAGAAUAGCAAUAUGAUUCAGGUAGUAUAUCCAUCUACCAGUAUGAUAUAAAGUGAAUACAGGUCUACUUCGUCUUGUCGUUCC